AUGAGCAAAUCAGUCGGAUUUACAGAGAUCAAGCUACAACAUCGGCGACCGCGGAGAAUCCUCGUACAGAUCACGGUGAUCGUUUCGACACUAUGGGCCCUGUUUCAUACAUUGUCCGGGCUAGGAGAACAACUGUACCCGGAGCCCGCAAAAGAGAGCUCCCAGUCAUCGGUGGACUGGGAGAGUCAUGCUGCAUUCACGCAGAGCCUAUCACAUAUCCUGCAGCUGCUGCCGAACGAACACCAGACCAAGGAAUUACUCAGCCCGAUUAAAUUGACGGGCGAACCGAGAUUGAAGGAAUACGGAAUUCGCACGCGGCAGUACAAACAGCUCUACGAAGCCUGGGAGACAUUGCACCUCAACAAAACAACUCCAAACCGAUUCAUCCAGGACAAUGUGAUUCAGCGCUUAUACGAGAAUCCCUCAAUCGCUACGAUUCUCGGUGAAGAUAUAACCAGCAUUGUCCACGGCUAUGAGACCUAUCGCUCAACAAUCACCCAUCUAGCCACCCUCCUCUUCCCAUGGACAACGCCGUAUUUCGCCGACCAUCUCCAGCUCCGACAGCAACUAUACUCCGCCGGUCGCGGACUGGUCUUUACAGCAGGCAAUGGUCAAGUACGCUACCUGCUGACUUCCAUUCCGUCCAUCCGCAGAUUAGGAUGCACCCUCCCGAUCGAAGUCAUGUACCUCGGCGAUGAAGAUCUCAGUCCGACUUCUCGCGCCGCCCUGGAAGCCCUGCCUGGAGUUGUCACGCGCGACCUGCACAAAAUGAUCAAUGAUUCAGGAUGGAAGCUACGAGGAUGGGCCGGCAAACCAUUCGCAGUUCUCUUCUCCAGCUUCCGAGAGGUCAUCUUCAUCGAUGCAGACUCCUUGUUCCUGCAAAAUCCGGCAAUCCUUUUUGAUGACUUUGCAUAUCGCGACACCGGCGCAUUGUUCUUCAAGGACAGACUAAUAAUGCCUGAGUCCAAGCGAGAGUGGAUGCAAAAGGUCCUCCCAGAGCCUAUUUCCAGCAAAGCCCAGGAGGUGCGCCUAUGGGAUGGCCAAAGCGGGCACAUGCAAGAGUCCGGGGUUCUAGUCAUCGACACAUAUAGGCACUUCUUGUCUCUGCUUUUGGUGACUCGUAUGAAUGGGCCUGAUCGGGACGGUAACAAGGAGAAAGGCAUUCGGGGAGUUUAUGAUAUGCUUUUUGGUGAGUUUUCCUCCAGCAUGAAAAAAAGAUGCACAGGGCUAACGAAGAAAAUAGGCGAUAAGGAGACCUUCUGGCUGGGCUGGGAAUUGGUCGGAGACACAGAUUAUGCAUUCCACAAUGGCAGUGUUGGAACGAUGGGAGUUGCUCAUGCUCACGCUCCAGAUUCGAAUUCGCUGCCCAGUCCAAGCCCUGAUUCAAGUGUGCCUUCGAAGGUGUACACCGUCUGCGCACCUCAACUACUCCAUUUGGAUCGGAUGGGGAGACCAUUGUGGUUCAACGGAUGGUUGCUUGAGAAUAAAUUCGCCGAAGCUGGCAAGAGACGACCUGUGAAAUUCGAGACCUUUGUUCGAGAAGAGGGAAGAGAGCCUAACUGGGAGCUCAAGGAAGGCAAUGUGUGUUGUCUCACAUCGAAGAAGAUGUUCAGUCUCUCGCAGGAAGAAAGUGAUAUCCUGGAUAUGAUAAUUGCGGCAGGAAGACGCGCUGAGGCAUUCUAA